GCGGUUUCUGGGAGCUGAUUGGCUGGAACCACAGGGGUGGGCCAGCGGGCGUGAAGGGGGAGCGUCCAUGCCGCUCCCCUCUCCCUUCCUCCGCGCCAUCUGUGGGAGCCCUCGCGGAUCCGCUGUUGCAUCAUCUCCAGCCCUUAGCUUCUGUGUGAAGGCUGGGCGCCGUGCGAUCCAUUCAGUCCGGUACUCCAGCCCGCAAUCGCGCCUUUUCUUGCUCUCCCUCACCUGCUCAGCCUGGUAGCCUUCCUCGGACAAGCUCCCAGAUCCCACAGGACACACAGCAGGCUGACUUCGUGGGCUCCGUUGGAUCCAUUCAUUUGAGAAUCAGGUCUUUUCACAGAGCUCAGGAUCCCCCGCCUCGUACAGAUCCGAGCCUCGGCCACGCAAUGGAGAAAAGCAACGAGACCAACGGCUACCUGGACGGCACCCCUGCGGGGCCUGCAGCCGAGCCCAAGGCGCCCCGCAAGGAUGCGGGUCGCCUGCGGAACUGUAUGAGCUUCCUGCGGCGCCAGGCGCUGGUGCUGCUCACCGUGUCCGGGGUGAUCGCGGGCGCGGGCCUGGGCGCCGCGUUGCGCGGGCUGCAGCUGAACCGCACGCAGAUCACCUACCUGGCCUUCCCCGGCGAUAUGCUGCUGCGUAUGCUACGCAUGAUCAUCCUGCCGCUCGUGGUCUGCAGCCUGGUGUCGGGCGCCGCCUCCCUGGACGCCAGCUCUCUCGGGCGCCUGGGCGGCAUCGCCAUCGCCUACUUCGGCCUCACCACGCUGGGCGCCUCGGCUCUCGCUGUGGCCCUGGCGUUCAUCAUCAAGCCUGGGUCUGGCGCACAAACCCUGCAGUCCAGUGACCUGGGGCUGGAAGUGUCGGGGCCUCCACCGAUCCCCAAAGACACAGUGGACUCUUUCCUCGACCUGCUCAGAAACCUGUUUCCCUCAAAUCUGGUGGUUGCAACUUUCCGUACGCAUGCAACCAAUUAUUCACUGAUGACCCACAACACAAGCUCUGGAAACAUAACGCUUGAAAAGAUACCAAUUGGCACUGAAAUUGAAGGGAUGAACAUUUUAGGAUUGGUCCUUUUUGCCCUGGUGUUAGGAGUGGCUCUGAAGAAAUUAGGCCCUGAAGGAGAAGAGCUCAUCCGUUUCUUCAGUGCCUUCAAUGAGGCCACAAUGGUGCUGGUCUCAUGGAUUAUGUGGUAUGUACCUGUGGGCAUCAUGUUCCUUGUCGGAAGCAAGAUUGUGGAAAUGAAGGACAUCAUUGUGCUGGUGACUAGCCUGGGGAAAUAUAUCUUCGCAUCUAUAUUGGGCCAUGUCAUUCACGGAGGGAUUGUCCUGCCACUUAUUUAUUUUGUUUUCACACGGAAAAAUCCAUUCAAGUUCCUCCUGGGCCUCCUUGCACCAUUUGCAACAGCAUUUGCUACGUGUUCCAGCUCAGCAACCCUCCCCUCUAUGAUGAAGUGCAUUGAAGAAAACAACGGUGUAGACAAGAGAAUCAGCAGGUUCAUUCUCCCCAUUGGGGCCACUGUGAACAUGGAUGGAGCAGCCAUCUUCCAGUGUGUGGCUGCAGUGUUCAUUGCUCAGCUCAACAAUGUAGAGCUGAAUGCAGGACAGAUUUUCACAAUUCUAGUGACCGCCACAGCAUCCAGUGUCGGAGCAGCAGGGGUACCAGCUGGUGGGGUCCUCACCAUCGCCAUUAUCCUGGAGGCCAUUGGGCUGCCCACUCAUGACCUUUCUCUGAUCUUGGCCGUGGACUGGAUUGUUGACCGUACCACCACUGUGGUGAAUGUGGAAGGGGACGCCCUGGGUGCAGGCAUUCUCCACCACCUCAAUCAGAAGGCCGUGAAGAAAGGGGUGCAGGCACUGAGUGAAGUCAAAGUGGAAGCCAUCCCCAACUCCAAGUCAGAGGAAGAGACGUCACCUCUGGUGACACACCAGAACCCUGCCGGUACCAUCAGCCCUGCCCCAGAACUGGAGUCCAAGGAGUCAGUUCUGUGAUGAGGCUGGGCUUCACACUUGCUGCCAGCAGUGGUGUCCAUCCUACGAAUCCAGCCAGACACCGCUGUAGCAGCCUUCACCAACUUUUUAGCCUCCUGAGCAAUGCUUUGGCCCAGUUACCAAUUUAAAGAGAUUGCUUCUUGGCACAAGUAUUGGGAUUUCAGGAGGAACUGGUUACCCAGAAGCAGGACACUGACAUUUGGCUUGUUCCACGUCCACGUGCAACCAUGUGUGCACCAGCAUUCUGUCUGGAAAUAAGCCCUCAAGCUGCCAGACUUGGAGAAGUAAGAAAAUCUUGGGGACCUGUUGGUUAAAACUUCGACAAAUGCAGCUGUAGUCAUUAUUGUACCCAGUCAGCUUUGCAUUGGUGCUUUCUGGGCAAACCUAAGUGAGCGACAGUUAUCAUGUUGCCUUGUGAGUUCUAGAAACUGGAAAAACUCCCAAAUUCUUAUACCUGGUUUGAAUUCUCUGACCUGACUCCAGGUAUUUAGAUCUUAUGCCACAAGAUUUAUGUGGUUAUGUGGCUAGAAGAGCCGCAAAUUAGAUACAUUAGCAUUGCUGGGGUCUGUGGUCAGUAACAUUGAGUAAACAAUUCAAAAUCUGAGGUCAAAGAAGGGUGGAGGAGUGCAGGCUGCAUCAGGGGAGGGACGCACCCUAAGCAAGACAAGAUACACACUGUUGUCCCGGUUCUCAUCCCCACCCUGGCUAACUUCUGUGACCUGGACCUCUGACAACAGUGUAACUUUAUUCUUAUCUUCUCAUUUGAUAACAGGCCUAGAGAGGGACAUAGUCAUCUCAUUAAGUACCCUUUGAUGGUGAUAUAUAUAUAUCUAUUUCCCCCCAACCAGAUCCCCGUUCAACUCUAGCUUAUAGUAAUACCAGGGACUGAACCUGGGACCUCUGGUGCCUCAGGCAGGAAAAGUCUGUUGUGUAAACUGCUAUGUUAUUUUCCCAACCCCAAAUCUAUUGUUUUAAUUCAACUGGACCUUUUCCUAAAAUUGUAGAAACACACAAAAACUCACCUACUAAUGGGCUGCCUAUGUCCCAUCCCUUGGUCCACUGUCUUCAGCUGAUUUCUAAGAUCUAAGUUUCUCUCCCUGACAGUAAUCAAAGUUUAAAAUUAAAAGCCAAAUGUCCAUAUUCCUGCAGAUGCCUGUUGAUGCAGGUUUGAAUUAGGUGAGGGGACUUUAUAGCAAAGAUCAUGCUUCAGUGACAAAAAACAAACAAACUAGAAGGCACAAGACUGAUGUUUUCACUGUUGCCAUUGGUACAUGUCUGUGGGAAAACUAUAGCAAGUCCUGGGGCCUCACUUUACCCCAUUUGUGAAAUGAGGCUGAUGCCACCCAACUCUUACCUACCUCAGAGGGUCUUGGUGAGGCAAACUGAGUGAAUCCCAGAAAACGACCAUGUUACUUCUAGUAUAUCAAGUGCUAGCACCCCCAACACACACAUAUCCUUCUGAUUUCUUUUUUUCUGAAAGUGAUACCUUUCUCCCUGGAGACCUAGUUUUUAUGAGCAGGACUCUGUCCUCCAUACGUAUUAGCAGUUUUCAUCAUGCUACUCUGUGUCAACUUGUUCUGUCAUUGCUUGAUAGUGACAGCAACAGCCUCUUUCUGAUGUCCUUCAAAUUUUUGUGAAUUAACAACUCAUCUCCCACCACAUUUCUGGAUACCUGACUUCCCUGUGGUCCCCAGCACUGUUUCUGCCGCUCCACCACAGGCCAUUAAAGUUCCCAAACUUUCAACCUUGCUCAUUCCCUUGUUGUCCUCUAUUACUGUGCUGCUUCUCCUGUACUGGCCCUGAAAAAAAAAAAAAAGGAUGAUAUAUAUAUCAUUAUGAUGAGAAUGAGCAAAUAGCACAGGCAGUCAAUCUCACCUGGACAGAUGAACGGAACUUGACUGUGCAUCUGAAAACCUUAAGAGGACCAGAGACUGGAGCUGCUCUGAUCGGGGAGGAAGGCCUGACUUCCUUCAGAACUCUCUAAACAAGUAAGCCACCUUCAUCACCUGAGAAACCUGGAGGGACCUGAAACUGUGCUAAGAAGAGCCUGGAAAUCUUUACCCUCAGGCUAGACCUCGUACCCCUCAGUUUUCAAAGGAGAAACAAUCAUAUUGUUUGAUUCCAAGUGAGCAAUCACUCUUUCAAAGCCUUUAAUAUAUCUUCCCACCCACAUAUAAUGUGUGUGUAUUUACAUAUAUGUGCAGUUUUAGCUCCAUCCUUAGCAAGUUUGGGUUCAGAUAGAGGUGAGCUAACUAUGGCUUUGGUGUCCUGAUUGUCUUGUCUCUAAGAAAGAAUUUUGAAUAUGAGAGUGAGAUUUGUAUCACAAGACCCAGGGACUGUUCAUCUUCUCACCUGGACCUGGAGUUGUGACAAGGAGAAUGCGGCGGCCUGGAGAAGGGAAUUUCCAUGCAAGAUCCCCAGGAUGAUUGCUCCUCUUCUUCCUGGGAGGCUGACAGAGCAUAGAUGGUACCCAGUCCACAAGAGGACUCCCCAGGAGCAACCUGGUUGGGUACUGCCCCCUCCUUUUCAUUGCCUGAAAAUGUCUUUCCUGCUACUCUCUUCUAACAUGUGCCCAUAAAUACUGCUCAUCUCUCUGUUGUGUAUUGUGACACUUGCCUUAAGAUAGCAAUCUUCAAAAAUGAAUACAGUUUUUCUUUCUUCCUA